GGAUGAUAUGAAAUGCAAGGUGCCUGUCACUAUCAAUGGCAUUUUGUUUUUUACAGAACAUCUAGAGAAAUCAGGAAGAGGAUGUCAAAAAAAUGAUGUGAUGUCUCCUAGUGGAGACAGGGCACGAGGGGCAGGGAAGAGGAGGUGGCCUGAUACAGGACGAUGAAGAUGCAAUGUUGAAGAAUAAGUUGGAGGAGAGACGAAACAGGCACCAUGGAAAAAACCAAAACAAAGCAAGGAGACAAUGAACACAUGCCAGUGAACAAUCCUUCCACACAGAUUUACCAGUUGCAGGCCCUAGCCUCAGAACUCAAAACUGGAUUCACAGAAGCAAUGCAAGAGCUGACACGAAUUCAACAUGGAGAAUAUGCUUUGGAAGAGAAGGUUAAGAGCUGCCGAUGUUCCAUGGAAGAAAAAGUUACCGAGAUGAAGAAUUCCUUAAACUAUUUCAAGGCAAAGCUGAGCAAUGCCAUGUCAAUGAUCCAAGCCAUAACGUGCAAACAAGAAGAAAUGCAGCAGAAAAUUGAACAGCUUCAGCAGGAGAAACGGAGAGAAUCUCGGAAAGUCAAAGCCAAGAAGACUCAAAAAGAAGAACAUGGCUCCCAGGCGGGGCCUGCCCAAACACAGGGAAGCCCGUUCCGUUCCAUCAACAUCCCGGAGCCUGUGCUUCCCAGUGAAGAUCUCACCAACCUUUUACCUGCUCAGGCCUAUGAAAAAGCCCAAGAUUCAAGAUCCAUCCACGUGGGAGAUGGUAAUGUGAAGGGAAUGAUGGGUCCUGGAGUGAAUCCAACAACUCCAGAAGCCGACGAAAACCUCAAGUCUUGCCUCUCAGCGGAAAUCCCCUCCAAGGGCCACCUCUCGUCUGGCGUGUGGAGGCAGCCCAAGGAGGGCAAGGAGUGGGGCGAGGAAUAUGUCACCAAGGACCACCCGGAUAAACUCAAGGAACCUAGCCCAGGGAGACACAGCUCGUUGGAAAAUGUCUUAGGUGAAACUUCCUUAGCUGCUAAAAGGCAGACUGUAGCCCUAGAACUGCUUGAAUCUGAAAGAAAAUAUGUCAUCAACAUCUCUCUGAUCCUGAAGAUAAAGGCAACAUUCCAGGGCUCAGAUGGAAAAAGGAAUUCCAAAGAGAGAAGCCUCUUCCCUGGCUCUUUACGAUACCUUGUCCAGCAGCACCUGGAUUUGCUUCAUGCACUGCAGGAAAGGGUCCUGAAGUGGCCACGCCAAGGAGUCCUUGGAGAUUUGUUUCUUAAAUUAACCAAUGACGAGAAUAAUUUCUUGGAUUAUUAUGUCGCCUACCUGAGGGAUUUGCCUGAAUGCAUCUCCUUGGUUCAUGUUGUGGUUCUGAAGGAGGGUGAUGAAGAGAUUAAAUCUGACAUCUACACACUGUUUUUUCACAUAGUCCAGCGCAUUCCUGAAUAUCUGAUACAUCUGCAGAAUGUGCUAAAGUUCACCGAGCAGGAACACCCCGACUAUUACCUCCUACUGGUGUGCGUGCAGCGCCUCCGAGUGUUCAUCUCCCACUACACCCUGUUGUUUCAGUGCAAUGAGGAUUUGCUUAUUCAGAAACGGAAAAAGCUCAAGAAGUCAUCCAUGGCGAAGCUGUACAAAGGGCUGGCUUCCCAGUGUGCAAACGCUGGCCAAGAUGCGUCCCCCACUGCAGGUGCAGAGGCUGUCCGCGACAGUGGAAUCCACUCUGAAGAGAUACUGCAGCCCUACCCUUCGGCUCCCACUUCGGGCCCUGCUGUCACGCAUUUGAUGGCCCCCGGGAAGAAAAGCCAGCAACAGCAGAGCCUGAUGGAGAGCAUGCAGCCGGGGAAGCCCAGUGACUGGGAGAUGGAGGGCAGAAAGCACGAGAGGCCCGAGAGCCUCCUGGCGCCCACGCAGUUCUGUGCGGCCGAGCAGGACGUGAAGGCGCUCGCCGGGCCCCUGCAGGCCAUCCCGGAGAUGGACUUCGAGCCCUCUCCGGCCGAGCCGCUGAGUAACGUGGAGCGCUCCCUGCGCGCCCCGGCAGAGCUGCUGCCCGACGGCCGGGGCUACGUGCCCGCGGGCUACGAAGAGUUCGAGUACGGCGGCGAGAUCUUCGCGCUGCCCGCGCCCUACGACGAGGAACCCUUCCAGGCCCCGGCCCUCUUCGAGAACUGCUCGCCCGCCUCUUCCGAGUCCAGCCUGGACAUCUGCUUCCUGAGGCCCGUCAGCUUCGCCAUGGAAGCCGAGAGGCCCGAGCACCCGCUGCAGCCUCUGCCCAAGAGCGCCACGUCGCCGGCGGGCAGCAGCGGCGCCUACAAGCUGGAGGCGGCGGCGCAGGCGCAGGCGCACGGCAAGGCCAAGCCGCUGAGCCGCUCGCUCAAGGAGUUCCCGCGCGCGCCGCCCGCCGAGGGCGUGGCCCCGCGCCUCUACAGCACGCGCAGCAGCAGCGGCGGCCGCGCGCCCCUCAAGGCCGAGCGCGCCGCGCCCCCGCACGGCCCGGCCGCCGCCGCCGCUGCCGCUCGCGGCGCGCCCCGCACCUUCUUCCCCCAACAGAGGUCCCAAAGCGAAAAGCAGACCUAUUUGGAAGUAAGGAGGGACAUGCAUUUGGAAGACACUACCAGAUUCUGUCCAAAGGAAGAAAGAGAAAGUGAACAAACAUCUUUCAGCGAUCAAAAUCCCAGGCAAGACCAGAAAGGGGGCUUUCGAAGCUCCUUCCGCAAGCUCUUUAAAAAGAAGUCCAGUGGAUCAGAAUACAGGGAAAAAACUAAUGAGAAUCCCUCAAUGGAUCCUUCACCCACCAAACAAGAUUUCUUCAGAAACCGACUUGCUCUUGCAAAUGACCUUGACCAAGGAACAGCUGUGUAAAACAUACUUAAAGUUGUAUUGUCAAGUGGUAAGAUGAGGAUACAAAGCUUGUAUAUAUCUUUGUAGGAAUAUAUAUAUAUAUUCAUAUAUAUAUUGGUGUAUGAAUUCCUGAGGAAAACUAAUAUAAAUACUUACAUAGGAAACUAAAUCAACAUACAAGAGAUUGAAGAGAAGAAGAAUAGUCUAUUGUUAAGACCUGACUUUUUGAACCUCAGUACUUUGGAAAAGGGAAAUGAAGACUUUUCACAUCAAUACAGAAAAACGCCAUAAAUUUGGAGGAAAAUAAAUGUUUGUAAGAACAAAAAUUUCCAUCUUGAAGUCAUUUCCCAAGUACAACCUUGAGCAUGUUCCUAGUUCACAUGGAUGUUAGGGGCCAGCUCGGACUUGUCAUUUAUUUUUCAAAAACAUUAUCCCAUAAAGCACAAGGUUAGUUCACCAAACUUUUUUUUUUUUUGUAUGCUACAAAUCUGAGUUAUGGAGAAUUUGUGCUUAAGUUAUGCUGUAGAAGGUUUAAAGCUUAAGUAUAUGUUGAGUUGUUCUGGGGCCAUGGAAUGGCGAACAGCGGGAGGUAGAGGGUGAGGGCAUGGAAACCCCUUCCCUCGUUG